AUCCUGAAAUGUGUGAUGAUGCUGAUAGAGGACAGAUUGAAGUUUUGACAGUUAGGGCUCUAGGAUAAAUAUCUGAGACUUCCUAGUGCCACAUAAGCAUAUAUAUCAAAAUAUAUAACAAUUCCAGAAUGUUUCACUGCUAAUAUCUGUGAAGGAGAAACUUUCCAACAACUUCAUCCUUAGUAUGAUUGUUGAGAACUUUUUCUCACGCUACAAAGAUACUUAUGUAAUGAUUUCUGUGUAGCCUGUAUUUAAAGAAGUGCUAUACAUUUUAUAAUAGCAGAGGCAGAAGCCAUAUCAGGCUACAUAUACUCAAGGGCGGUGAAUCUAAUAUGGACAUUUUGCAAUUGGCUCUGGUGGUAGUAUUUACUUUCAUCUGUGGUGUAAUAUGUACCCUGGCAUUGCAGUUUUACUUAUUCAAGAGAUACCUGGAAUCAGGGCCUCAGGUUGCUUCACCACAGAGGCAGCUACAGCAUGGCAAGGCACAGUUACCUAAAGAGCUCGUGGAGCAGUUGCAAGAGGAACGUACAAACUGCAAUAACAGUAUAUCCCGCCAAGCUAUGUCACAAGGCAAUGAAAACUUAGCGAUAAAUCUUACGCUGCAGUUCCUCUUCAACGAACUACGAAAUGCCGAACGAGUGCGAUUGUGGCUUUAUAGGAAGUUGAACAAUGAAUUCAAGGAAUUAUUGACACAAUCGACGACCGCCAAGCUGUUGGACAGUGUAAAAUUGAGAGACUUGGAUCUCGGCACGCAAUUCCCGACGAUAAAAGGCUUGGAAGUCGCCGAUUCAAAAAUCGAUGCUGACACGGGAUUACUAGAGUCUUUAGACUUGGCCUUAGAUCUACAUUACUCAGGAAACUUUCAAUUGUCUAUAGAUGUUAAAAUGUUGCUCGGUAAAACAGCCUAUAUGGCGUUGCAAGUGAAACGUGUGAGUGGUAAAGCCAGGCUACAAUUUACUCGCGUACCAUACACACACUGGUCGUUGAGCUUCUAUUCAGAUCCGAUCUUAGAACUAGAAGUACAGUCUCAGUUCCAAGGUCGUCAGUUACAGCCGCAGAUUAUAUCAAUUAUCAUCAGUCAGAUUAGAAAAGCAGUGAAACGGAAGCAUACUUUACCUCGUUACAAAAUGCGUUACAAACCGUUCUUCCGAAGAUUAAAUGAUGAGGCAGUGGAUCUUUCAGAAGUCGCCAGUACACAAUUAACCCCAGGCUACUUGGAAGUAGAACUUCUGGAGAUCAGUAGACUCAAUCUCGCGCCUAUAGCUCUCAGCAGCGAAGACAGCAUGUCGCAAGUAGAAAUAUACUGCACUAUGAGCGUGGAUUCCACGCCGUGGGUGUACUUGACGCAGUACAGCGGUGUUCCGUACAUGGUGCUAGACUUGAUCAUCAGCAAGACAGGCUCUCAGCAACUGGGCGUGGUAUUCAAGCAGGAAGUUGUGUCGGAGAUCGGCCAGAUGUGCGUGCUGGUGGAGACCAUUGUAUCCGGCAGCCCGGCGGCGAUCGCCGAGAUGAAGAAAGGCGAUAUUCUGGUAGCGGUGGAUGGCAAGAAAGUAUCAAGCAUGAAUCAGGUAGCAAAACUCGUCAAGUCGGCCGUACAGCGGCGUUUUAUCAUCAGAGUGGAGAGACGAUACUCAAAGGCGGACUCGAGCGAGAAAGGACAAAAAACGGACAACGAGAAGACGUCCUUCGUUGAGAGGAAAGCGUCGAAAAGUGACUCUGUAGGCAAAGUAGAAAGUCCGACCGCAGAUGAUGCCGGGAAGAUAAAAUUUGAGACGCAAAUCAAAUUCUCUGAUUUACGAGACACCGAUAUUGACCCUGCGGAUACUCGGCCGGACACUGGAAAACUGUUCAAAAGAAGAAAAAGCAGCGUUCAUAUUGAAGACAUCGCUUAUACGCCCGACACCACGCCGUCUCGACGUAUUUCGACGAUCUCCACAUCGUCCGCAUCGUCCAGCAAUGUUCAGUUUUAUCUUCCGGAUGACAACGUGAUCAACAUCACCGAUCUCUAUUACAACACGAAAGAGAAGCCGUAUGCCUCUCUAAUUACCUUCAAGGAAACCAAAAGUUUUCGGGUCGACUCUGAGUUGCAAUACUUAAACAUUGGUGUGUGGAGCCGUGUCAAGGGAAGCGAGAUGUCCCCGAAAUUGUUAGGCUACAUAAACGCGCCUGUGAAAUUGAUCCUGGCGCAAUGUUGCACUUCCACGACCGGGCAUUAUUUAAAAUGUCAUGCUUUAUUACCGCCAGAAAGUGCUGCUUUAGCGACGUCCUACGUAAGACUGCAGGGCUAUUCAGGAUUUGAUCCGACACUCUGUUACGGUGACAUCCUGCUGUCGUACGUGUGGGAAUCCUGUCAGCCAAGCAAUCACACAAUCACUGAUUCCGGAAAGAAGGAGAACGUGGAAACUGCCAAAAUUCAGCCGAUUCUAAGUGAAGAGGUCACCGAUAGAAAGUUGCACGAUUUUAUCAGGACGCACUUCCACAGAGCGACGCACUGCGAUUUUUGUACGAAAAAGAUUUGGCUAAAGGACGCAGUGCAGUGUCGGGAUUGUGGUAUGGUGUGCCACAAGAAGUGCGAGGUACGCUGUCAGGCGUCAGGCACUUGCGGCGCGGAGAGUCUAGCAACUCUGGCUCUGGAAGCUGACGAGAUCGAGUCGAACACUAUCGUUGGAGAUAUCUCCAGCCCGGAGAUCUCUCUGACUGGAUGCGAAGAUAACGUACAGGGCGCAAGUAUGAUGGCCAUGAAGGCUAGUAUAGCUAACACUCUGUUGGGCCUGAAGAAAGCUGGAAGUACCAGUUGCUUGGCCCCACCGGCUACCGGUAUCGGCCUGGCAUCUCGAAGUCUCCCCCCAAGUCCCUGUGCAUCCCGCAAGAGUUCAUUGGCCGGAGGUCUGGGAAUAAAUCCUGACCUCUUGGAGGGUGCUGAGCCAAGUGUUGCAGCUCCAUUAUUGGCCGGCGAUUUGGAUGACGGUCUUAUGUCAAGGGCCAGAGACACCGGCAAGUUCUUGUACAAGAACUUGGAACCGCAGGAGCGCGUUGAAAAAAUCAACUCUAUGAUGAGCAAAUUGAAGAACGCAUUGGACGCCGAAACUACCUCAAGACUAGACCUGUCACACAACGGAGACGCGGACAGCAUGAAACUGAUCGCGCAGAGCGAUCUGCGAGUGCAAGCGCUUAGUGUGUUGCUUUUACAUUACUGUGCCGGCCUACAACACGCCCAGGAAGCGGUGGAUCGACCAGAAACCAACAAGGAAUCUUAAUAAGUACACGUUCUUAUACUUGAUAAAACAAUGAAUAAUAAUGAAAAACAGCGAACGUGGAAAAUGUAGCGAUAUUUGAUAAUUGGAUGAUUCUCUUACGCAAUUUUUGUCAUAACGAACACGAUUAUACGUAACGUUAACGUAAUGUUAUAUCGAUUUUAUGAUGUUGAUGCCGUUUUUAAUACCGAUAUUAUUGUCAAGCUGUAUAUGUAUAUAUACGUAUGAGAAACAUUGCACUUAGAUAUUUAUAUUAUUAUUAUGCACACAGAAAAAAAUAGGGAUCAAGUAUUUACCAGUAUUGAUGAACACUCAAUUCACGCCAAUAUUGAAACUAUAUUUAUAGUUACAUAUGUAUAGUUAAAACGUAGUUAUUACUUUUCUUCGUUAUUAUUGUACAUUUUAGAUCUUAUAUACACGGCAUUAUAUUAAUAUAGACGUAUAGAACGUAUUGAAAAGUAACGAUACAUUUUCCAAAAAAUUUUACGUUGAAUAUAAACGUUGAAUAUAUAACGUUGAAACGCGUGUGAGAGAAUAAGAUGAAUUUAAACGCGCCAUAGCUUGUUCCAAAGCGCAUUAGUCAAUUGAUCGAAUUUUAAACCCUAUUCGCACAUGGUGUUGAUAAGAGAUAGAGAUAACAAAAAUAUAAUUAUCGAGAUUCAUAUGUUCGUUCGUGAGAAUUUUUCAAUCUUACAAGUGUGGAAAUAGCGAUAAAUUUUUCUCUGAAGAUUUUACGAUAAUAUUUCAUAUUACAAUAUUUUCGAUAUACGUCGUUUGACUUGUAGACUCUUUAAUGUGCAAUCCCACACUUUCUGUAUGUAUAGCUUUCGCAUUUUACAGGGUUGAUCGUAUCAAAAUUUAUAUAUCAAAAGUUUUUGUGUACAUCUAUAUAAUACGCGCAAAUAUAAACAUUCACAAUUUCGCGUACGUAAGUUCUUCUAGCAAUUUUUGUCGAAUUGCGCGCGUGUUUCCCGAUCCACACACAUGUACGUAACCGAAUAAUAAUAAUACUCCGCAAAAUUGUCACGAUUAAACAUCAUUCAUCAAGAGAGAACACCAAACCUCGUUGAAACUAGUAAUUAGUAGAUUAGUUUAAGUAUUGCAAAGUGUAUUCAAUACAUAUAUACAUAUAGAAGUUACGUGUGUAUACUCAAAACAGAGGAUGUUUUGUUUGCGAAAAGAUGUGCGUUAUCUAUAUUAUACAGCUUUUCACUAAAAACAACAAAAAACACAGUGCAAUUUUCCAAAUACUUAAUCGGUAUAUUUUACGUCUAAUAAUAAUUUUAUGCGCGCGCGAUAUAUAUUAUAGAUUCGCGAAUGUGAUAUAUGUCGAAGAUAUAUACCAAGAAAAAGAGAGAGAGAGAGAGUGUGCGAGAGAACAAGAGAGUUGCCAUGACUUGACAUUUCACAGUGUCUUAUUUAAAAAUCACACGAUGGUGCCAAAUGACGUAAACCGUAAUUCAGAACAUAUCCAUGAAACUUUCUGGAACAAAACUCUACCUUCUUACAUACACAAUACAAAUAUUAAAUUACGUUCGCACAGUGUAAAAAGUAAAAACUGAAAAGUAAAUGUGAUAUGUGUUUAGCAUAUUUGAGAAGAGAUUGGAAAACGAAAAGUUGACGUUUUUUUAGCGUUGUGUGGCCGUCCGAUUCCGAUCUCUUAUAUUUUACGUAAAGUGUAUAUGUAUCUAAGUCUAUUGCCGACAAUCGGAUAGCCACGUGUAACGCUAAACGCACGGGGAAAUUUCAGAUUUGAUUGACUGUUACAAAUAUAAUCAAAUAAUUUAUCGCUUUGGCCUAAAAAAAAAAAAAAUAAAAAAAAUC